GGGCGGGGCCGGAAGUGGCCAUUCAGACGCAUUGCUUCACAAUUUAAGACACAUUUAGCCUUCACAGCUCCUCAGAAACCUUAAAACAAACACAUUUAAACAUCAGAAAGUACGUGUUUUAUCCCCGAAGCUUGAUCUUUCUACAUCACAGCGUAUAUAUCUGAAGUGACGUCAUCAUGGAGGUGGAGCUGUCCUGUCGCGCCUACGUGAAGAUGUACCUGCACGCCUGCCUGUUCCCGCGCUGCAGCGUCAACGGGCUGCUGCUGUCCUCCGGCUCUGCGGGGGGGGCGGUCUGCGUCACGGACUGCGUGCCUCUGCUGCACGCACACCUGGCCCUGGCCCCCAUCAGCCAGCUGGCCCUCACUCAGGUGGAUGUGUGGUGCUCACAGACUCAGCAGAGGAUUGUGGGAUACUAUCAAGCCAACGCCUGUGUGUCAGACAGCAGCCCGACUCCGUGUGCACUGAAGAUAGCCGAUAAGAUUUCUGAGCAGUUCGACAACGCAGUUCUGUUAAUGCUCGAUGGCAGUAAGAUGUCUUCAGACUAUCGGGUUCCUCCCAUCGUCAUGUACGAGCGCAAAGAUUCAAGAUGGACGCUCAAAGACAAACACACGAUAAUGCUGCGGCAGUGGGAGGAGACUCAGGCGAUAGCGGGUCAGAUGCUGGAGUCCGGCGAUCAUGCUCUAUUGGUGGACUUUGACAGCCACUUGGACGACAUAACAAAGGACUGGACCAAUCAGAAACUGAACACAAAGAUCGCCGAGCUCGCCUCGCCGGCCAACGGGAACAUCUAGACGCAGACGA